GUGGUGGGUUGCUGUAGUAACGGCGGGGGAGGUUGACAUGAAGCGGGAUUUCGGUUUGAAGGUGGCGGGGACGCAGGUUGUGUUGGCGGCGUCUGGAGAUGAGAAACACCCGCCGGAGAACAUCCUCGACGGGUGAGGAUCUUCAGCCUGUCCUUGCGGUUGGCGAACAGGAUCGUCACCCUGGAUAACAACACGUUGUAUUGAUAUAGCGCCUGAGGCGUGUCCUACACUUUGAGAAUUUCAAAGUACCCAUUGCCCUGCGAGAAAUCCUAUCAAAGUUGGCUGUUCGUGAACUUUUUAUUUUAAUUAUGUCUGAUGCUAUCACUUCAGCUCCAUGCCCGGAUUAUGCGUAAUACAGAAACAUUCUGGAUUACAACAGGAAUGUUCCCACAAGAAUUUAUCCUAAGUUUUGCUAAUCUUAUAAAAAUUAGCUCAAUGAAAAUUCACUGUUACAAUGUGCGUAACCUUGGUAUUGAGAGAAGUAUAGCAAGAGAUCCUGUAGAUUUUGAAUCAUUGAGUAACAAUGAACUUGAGCGGUCCGAGGAACAGCUUCAAGUAAAGGAAUUUACACAGGAUGGAACUAGAGCUACACAUCUACGAUUUGUCAUAAAGUCUGGUUUUGAUCACUUUGUGUCAGUACACAAGGUUACAGUGGAAGGUACAGAGGAAGAUGCCUGAGUCUACACUGCACAACUCUUGCUAACAGGACUUUAUGGAACACUGAUGUUGAGAAAAUUUAACUAGCGUACAUCCAUCUACAGUAUAUUUGUUAUAAACCAUAAUUACUGGAUUGUUAUUCUUGUGAAUAAAUUAUUUUGGUUUUGUAA